AUGCGUUAUAUCUUCCUAACUACUAUUUUCAGUGUUGUGUUUGCGUAUGAAAAAGAUAUGACUUUUACUGUACAAGCCGGUAAACAAGACUGUUUUUAUCAAAAAGUACUUCCUAAUGAAAUAAUUGAUAUAGAAUAUCAGGUAAUCGAUGCGUCACAUGGUGAGCUGGAUAUAUCAUUUCAGCUCACAGAUCCUGUAGGAAUGAUUAUUGUAGCUGAUUAUAAGAAGCCAGAGAACGCACACAGACAUACAUCUGUGCUGGAAGGGGAUUAUCGAUUCUGCUUUGACAAUACAUUUAGUACUUUUAGUGAAAAGACUGUAUUUUUCGAUUUAAUGAUAGAUAAUGAAGAUUCACAAAGCAAAGAUUACGAUGAUGACAAGGAAAUGGAAUUAGGUAAUGCAGCUGAGACAUAUGUUAUGCGUGUAAGAGAUAUAUCAGAGUCGGUCACACGUGUAAAGGAUAAUGUGUCAGCUGCCAAACGGUUGCAAGAGUUGCUGUCAGCCCACGAGGCAAGAGAUAGGAAUCUUGCCGAAGAUAUGUGUGAUCGGGUGCUGAAGUGGUCGCUAGUUCAUAUUGUUUUUAUGUCACUCAUCGGGGUUUUCCAGGUGUACUUCGUAAGAAGUCUGUUCGAAGAUUCAAGCAGGAGUUAUAAAAAAUUUGUUCCUCACCUAUAA